GGUAAAAGAAACUAGGAAGGGCGUGGCCCCAUAGUUUUGACUCCAACUAACUCUGGCGCACCACCGUUUCCUGGAAAUCCUGUCUGAAGAUGAGUAUCUGCGAUUUGGGGUGCCAUUAUUCCACCAGGUUGCAGGUGUGAUGCCAUUUGUCUCAUAGAAAAGACGAUACAAACGAGUUCUCGGUUGCCGCUGCAAAUGGAGACAGCACCAGAUGUGCAUGCGAUACGGCAGUAGCGACUAUCUCGGAGCACAACUUGAUGAUGGCAGCAAUGCAGCGAGUUCAGAGUCCAAAAAAAGCAGCCAGCCCACUCGCCCACUCGCCCACUCGCCCACCAGUCCAGCACUCCACCGCACUCUUGGAUGUAGAUCAUUUGCGGAUGUCGCGAGCCACUCAAAACAUGGGCAGGACUGGGGUGCACUUGCCCAGAAAUCAACCAUCUGCACGGAACGACGUUCGUUCCUCUUCUCGCCGAGUUCCCGAUCCCUACGCAUCACAUUGUUCAUCCACAAUUGAGUGCAAAAUGCCCCCCACAGCAGAGCAUGACUUACACAAACCGGACAGUAAUAGCUCUUCGUAUCAUUCUCGGCUCUGAGUAAGGCAGACGAUACCCUUCCUUGCCAGGCAAAGAACGACUAGCCAAGCGAUGCUAUUGGCCGGAUGUAUGUUGAUUGAAAAGCUAGGGAAGUUGAGACCAGUAGAGUCAAAUCGAUGAGAUCACCAAACCGCUGAUAAGGAAUAAGUUAAAAGUCUCUGACCACCCCUCCUUCUCAUCUCUUGUUCAACCCAUUCUUCAGCAUCAUCUUAGCCCUCCAAUAAUACUUCCGACUUCGCCCAAGCCGCCUAUUACCAUUCAGGCAUUACAUAAUUGGUACGCAUUUCUCAUUACGUAUUCGCAAUUCUCAACUGUCUGUCACCAUUCUUGGUUACUCCAGCAGAUUCGAGUUAUUCAUGAAUCCAUUCAACUUUCUUGAAUAACCAAGUCACUAACUCGCGCAUCCAGGUUCAUCCACAACCUUUUGGCGAAACUUCGAAAUGGCUUCCUCAGGAGAAAGAAUUACGGCGAACCCUCUGCCCAUAGAGAAAUCCCCCAAAGCAUCAAGCGAAGGCCGCAAAACAUCGACGGGGACGCAAGAUUCGGUACAAAAUGCCAAGGACGAGAUGGUGGGUGAGGUGGGGAUGCUGGAGGCGCAAGGAGCACAACAUUUCAAGCGUCUGGGGUGGAAGCGAUUAACGGUCGUGCUGAUCGUGGAGGCCAUUGCACUCGGUGCCCUUUCGAUCCCACAAGCCUAUGCAACCCUUGGAAUGGUGCCAGGUAUCAUUCUUACCAUCGCACUCGGAUUGAUCGCCAUCUACACCAGUUACGUUGUUGGACAAGUAAAACUGAAGUUUCCUGAAGUGGCUCACUAUGCCGACGCCGGAAGACUGAUGAUGGGAAAAUUUGGAUACGAGUUGAUUGGUGCUAUGUUUACGCUGGAGCUGAUUUUCCUGGUCGGUUCUCACUGUUUGACUGGUGCUAUUGCGUUUGGAAACUUGAGCGGUGAUGCUUGGUGCUCCGUUGCUUUUGCAUUCAUCUCUGCCAUUGUCCUCUACAUCCUCUCAGUGCCUCCUUCCUUCGCUGAAGUGGCAAUCUUGGGAUACAUCGAUUUCGUAUCGGUUAUGUUGGCUAUUGGAAUCACCAUCAUCUCCACCGCCGUUAUUUCCGGCAAAGCUCCUGGUGGAAUUCAAGCUGUCAACUGGUCCGCCUGGCCAAAGGAGAAUAUCACUUUUGCUGAUGCCUUCAAUGCUGUCACCAACAUUGUUUUCGCUUACUCCUUCGCCGUCUGCCAGUUUUCUUUCAUGGAUGAAAUGCAUAGUAAGUUCUACCCCGCCAAAAUAAAAUUGACUUGUGCUAAUCUUGUGCAGCACCAAAGGAUUUCGUCAAGUCAAUCUGGUCUUUGGGAUUAAUCGAGAUUUUCAUCUACACCAUUACUGGAGCAUUGAUCUACGCCUUCGUUGGUGUUGAUGUCAAGUCCCCAGCAUUGCUUUCAGCCGGACCAGUCAUGGCAAAGGUCGCUUUCGGAGUCGCUCUGCCAGUUAUUUUCAUUUCCGGAUCCAUCAACGGAACCGUUGUCGCUCGAUACAUUCACGGUCGUUACUACAAAGACUCCGUUGUCCGAUUCAUUAACACCAAGAAGGGAUGGAUCACUUGGCUCGCACUUCUCGCCGUCAUCACCCUUAUCGCUUGGGUUAUUGCCGAGGCCAUUCCAUUCUUCUCUGAACUCCUCUCCAUCAUGUCCGCCCUAUUCAUCUCUGGUUUCACUUUCUACUUCCCCGCCAUGAUGUGGUUCAUGCUCAUCAAGAAGGGUAAAUGGAACGCCAAGGAGAACUUGUUCUUGAGUAUUGUCAACGGCAUUGUUUUCAUCAUCGGAAUGGUUGUUUUGGUCGCAGGUACUUACUCUGCUGUUGCUGGUGUUAUGAUGAACUACAAGAAGGGUACUGUUCGUGGUCCAUUUACUUGUGCGCCGUUAGCUUAGUUUGGGUUUGGGUUACGGGUCUUGAUCUUGGGUGUAUGUAUUAUUAGCGGGGUUCCAAAUUCGGGGUUUAAAAUGGGCUUUUAGAAAUGGUGUUUUGUAAGAUUUUUAUGCGGGGCAAGGGUAGACAAAAUUGGAGUAAUAGGAAAUGAAUCAACAGCUUCAUAAUUUCAUCAAA